UCCAAAACGAGCCCUACAUAAUUUCAAUAAUCCAUGAAAGAGUUGAAAUAACAGUGGAAAGAAUGAAGUAAUGUAAAUUGGCGGGAGCGAGCACCAACAUCCCUCCAAUUAGGCACUCACAAUCAUCAAUCAUUGCAUAUCUUAUUGAUUUUCCUCUUCAUAUUACCCAAGUUGUUCUUCAGCCGCAUUCUCUGUGUGUUUCUGUCUCUCUGUCUCCACCUUCUCCUUCUUCAGCUGAAUUAGAGUGAAAUAAAUAAAUAAAAAAAUAGCUCUGAUUUGAACUGUAGUUUUGCAAUCAUCAUUUGGGUUUUUUGUUGUUAUUUUCUCAACGCUGUUUUAGCUCUAGUUUCUACCAUUUGUAUGCGCAAUGAGAUUUCUGGGGUCAGCCAACAUGAAGCUUUUGUGGGUUGUGGGGUUUAUGGGGUUACUGUUUUGCAGAAGAACAGAUGGAACUUUUAUUAGGGAAGUGAAUGUCACCCAGGAACAAGACCUGCAUUAUACAGAGAGUAAUGUGUAUGGCUAUGCAGCUUAUGGUUAUGGGGUUUUCACCAGACCCUUGAUGGUGGGUCUCACUCUCAUCAAUGGAGCUGCUGCCAAAGGAGCAGUCUGCUUAGAUGGAACAUUACCUGCUUACCACAUCCACCGCGGAUACGGGUCAGGAGCAAACAGUUGGCUCAUCCAGUUGGAGGGAGGAGGAUGGUGUGAUACAAUCAGAAAUUGUGUCUAUCGUAAGAAAACUCGUCGUGGUUCAUCAGCAUAUAUGGAGAAGCAGAUACCGUUUUCCGGGAUAUUGAGCAACAAGGCUGGAGAAAACCCUGACUUUUACAACUGGAACAGAGUUAAGGUUCGAUAUUGUGAUGGUGCAUCUUUCAGCGGUGACAGUCAAAAUGAGGCUGCCCAAUUGCAUUUUCGAGGGCAACGUAUCUGGAAAGCUGCUAUGGAAGACUUGAUGUCAAAGGGAAUGCGCUACGCUAAUCAGGCUCUUCUUUCUGGAUGUUCUGCUGGUGGUGUUGCAACUGUACUCCACUGCGAUGGAUUUCGUGGAAUGUUUCCCGCAACUACUAAAGUCAAGUGCCUCAGCGAUGGUGGAUUGUUUCUUGACGCAAUUGAUGUAUCUGGUAGGCGCACUUUGAGAAGUAUGUUUAGAAGAGUGGUUAGCCUACAGGGGGUGCAAAAGAAUCUCCCACGGAGUUGUACCAUUCGCCUCAACCCGACUUUGUGCUUUUUCCCCCAGCACUUAAUUGCAACUGUCAAGACUCCCCUUUUUCUGGUCAAUGCAGCUUAUGAUACAUGGCAGAUCCAGGCCAGUUUAGCUCCACGAACAGCAGACCCUAAUGGCCAUUGGCAUGCAUGCACAAACAAUAAUGCAAAUUGUGCUGCAUGGCAAAUUAAGUUUUUGCAAGGUUUCCGGAAUCAGAUGCUCAAAGCUGUAAGCGGAUUCUCGAGGGCCGGUAAAAAUGGUUUGUUCAUAAAUUCUUGCUUUUCUCAUUGCCAGACCGAGAGACAAGACACCUGGUUUUCUCAAAAUCCUCCCCUUAUUGGAAAUAAGGGGAUAGCAAAAUCAGUCGGAAACUGGUAUUUCGAUCGGUAUAGUAUCAGAGCUAUUGAUUGUCCGUACCCUUGUGACAAGACCUGCCAUAAUCUGGUGUUUAAGUGAAUUUCUGUAUUUCAUCCCUAUUUAUGUCUUCUCUCCCCAAUUUAUAUAGCCAAGGGCAUGUAAUGUAACAUGUACCGUUUGAAAUGAGUCAUUGCUGUGAAGCUCGAAGAGCGAUCAGCAUGUCCA